CUCUUUUUUCAAACAACAUAUGAAGAAGAGGGUGCUUGAGAUUUGUUCUUCUCGUCUUUGUCGGCGUCAAUCCAUGUAUAUAGAUAGGAUAGGUACUUGCGCAGUCAUUGUGGUGCUUCGCUUGGCUUCUUCUCUAUAAGGAUAUAAGUUGUCAAGAGAUAAUCAUGUCCUCUUCGUUGGCAAGAAGUGGCAGACACAAUCAACGGUAUCUUGAUCAGUUUCGGCUCGUCGCCGGGUGCAUCCCUUAUAAGAUUGAGAGCAAUGUCGAGGAUCAGAAAUGUAGUCCAGAGAGCAGGAUUCUUGUCCUCAUGGUUUCCACACCAAAUCGCAACGAUCUGGUAUUUCCAAAGGGAGGCUGGGAACAAGAUGAGACAAUCCUCGAAGCAGCGUGUCGUGAGGCCAUGGAGGAAGCUGGAGUAAAAGGAAUACUUGGUGAAUAUCCUCUUGGAGUAUGGGACUUCAGAAGCAAGAGCACACAGAAUAGCUGCAGCCUGGAAGGAGGAUGUAGAGGCUACAUGUUUCCAUUAAAGGUUGAUGAAGAGCUUGACCACUGGCCACAGCAGGCUACUCACAACAGAAAAUGGCUUAAACCAGAGGAAGCAUUUAAGCUGUGCCGAUACGAUUGGAUGAGGGAUGCUCUAAGAAAUUUGUUGAUCAGAUUAUCUAAAGAUGGUAGAGUUGGAGCAAGAGGAGACUUGGAUGAACGUCCCAUUAUCCCCGUUCCGGAUACCGACCAUCAUCAGGCUGUUUUUGACAGCAAUCUGGUGUCCAGCACCCUGAAGAAUCCUCCUCCACAAACUGUGCUGUGCAGGCUGGAGUAGUAGUUCUGAUUUGUAAAUUUGUUGGUCCAUUUUCAAUGUGGAUGAUCACAGCUGAACUUGGGUCUUUGUACAGUCUUUUUCCAAUUGUUUCUUCUAAAAUGUGAAGAAACUAUUAGUACCCAACAUUGAGUUUCUGGUUAUUUGUAAUCAAGGCACUAAAAGCCGCCCAUUGUUCAAA